CUCUUUUGGUCCUUCCAAAUAAACAAGAUGCGCAACACGAAAUGACGGCGAUUACUGCGAUAUAUUUUUGAAGUUGACACAAUCAGAAUGAUCGAUUUGGUUUUCUAUCGAACGUUUAUACAUGCGACUCGAGGCCAACGUCAGGUGGCAGCGCGCGAGUCGCUAAUUUGGCACUUCUCUUUCCCUUUGACGGCGCGAGCAAAAGAUAGGUUAGGGUUAGGUUUGAUCGUGGCGAUGGCGGCGAUAAAGGGCCUGGGUAGGAAUAUUCCCUACUUGAGGCAACAAGCUGCGGCCCUGCUGGGCAAUACCAGCACCAGCGUCAAAUCCGUCUGCGUGGUUGUGUUGUUCUCGUAUUGCUUGUCCUUCUCCGAGGAGGCGGUUCGCAUUCUGAGCGUGACGCCAGGUUACCUGCUGCCGCCGGCGUUCUGGUUCUGGACGGCCUUCACCUUCUGCUUUCUGGAGAUACAUUUCUGGGAAGUAUGCGUGGACGUCAUCACCGUCGGCCUGUGCGGCAAACUGAUCGAGCCUCUGUGGGGAGCAUUCGAAAUGAUGACGUUUUUUGCUAUCGUCAACUUUGGCGUCGCCGUUCUCGCGGCGCUCUUCUAUCUGUUUCUCUACAUGUGCACCAGCAACCCGGAUCUGCUCUUUAACAUACACAUACACGGUUUAACCGGUUACAUCGCAGGAGUUGCGGUAGCUGUGAAACAAAUAAUGCCUGAUCACAUCCUAAUUAAGACACCUAUCGGAAAAAUCACAAAUAGAAAUAUACCCUUAAUGGUCUGGAUCUUGGGAUUGAUAUUUUGGCUUGUUGGGUUGUUAGAAGGUACUCAUCCCACCAUGUUUCUCAGUGGAUUGUUGAUAUCUUGGAUAUAUCUAAGAUUUUAUCAGAAACACAACAACGGCACUCGAGGAGAUAUGGCAGAUAAUUUUACAUUUGCAAGCUUUUUCCCAAAUGUUCUACAACCACCAAUAGCAGUAGUGAGUAACACUAUACACGGAUUUUUCGUGCGCAUUGGACUGUGUCGAAGAGUAGUCAGAAGGUUCGACAUGUCCAAUACACCACCUGGUUUGGUAAUCAAUCUCCCUGGUAUUGAUCCUCAUGAUAGCGAGCGACGUAGGCAAAUAGCGUUAAAAGCAUUGAGCGAGAGAUUAAGCAGAGAUCAUGCGAAACCUUGGCAACCAGACAGAACCAAGAAGCACUCUCCAGUUCCUCCCGCGGUUUCUAUACCGAUACCUGAAACUACCACGCCAAAACCGCUCGCGUCACCGCUUAUUCCACAAGUCAAUGUAAACAUACACAAUCAUCCCACUAGUACUACGUGAUUAUACGAGACUGACUGAUUUCAUUAGGUUUGUAAAUUUAUAUUGAAAAUCUUCUAAAGAAUGAGUAUGUGAAUCGGAUUCAUAUUUUAUUUUUUUAAUUAUGUCUCUGCGAAUGAAACACUGUAAUGUCAAGAUUGAUCUUUUAUCAUUUCCAUGCUAAAAGAACUUAACUCCAUAAAAAUAACCGCUAAAACAGAGAAUCUAAGUACUGUAAGAAAAAAUUGAUACACUAUCACUAGAGAAAAUUUAACUUUUCUAAUAAAUAAUCAUUAAUAUGAUUUUUAUUACAUAUUACAAUACUCGAUUCAAUACAAGUAUAUAAUCUUUAGAAGAUUUUUCGACAUGGAAAAUUGUGUAAAAUCACCUUUUGCAUCUUACGAUGCUAAGUUUCCAAGAAACGAAAGUGUUCUUUGUUACUGAAAAUUGCGUAAACAAAAUCAAUAAAUUACGCAAGUAUUUCAAUACUUCGGAAACAUUGUGUGAACGAUCUCAUCACAGGAUCAUGUUUAGAGUACAUUGGCGUCUCUCAAAAAGUCCGAUGAUGAUUUAAUAAUUGAUGAGUAUACUUGUUCAGUGCAAUACAUAAAGCGACAAUUCUGUUAAAAGAUAUUAAGAUUAAAGAAAGUAAAUAAAUUUAAUAUUUUACUUUAUAGUAAA